GAAGGACUGGAAACGCGGUUCCGGUUGGUGGGACCCAACACCGGUUGGCGAUGUUGUCCCACGAAGGUGCUAGUAGCAGCGGUAUGGGAGACGAUCCCCCAUGAAAGUAACAGUGCGCUCGUGGUCCACCUUCGCCAGCUAAGUCAGUCGAGCGCUCUUCGUCUUGGAGAACGUUGCUGGCGCGAUUCGUUCGCAGAUAAUUGCUUUUAAGUGCCGCGACGUCGUCCUUUUUCAGUGUCAUCGUCCAGAUACAAGGUCAGGAGUGCAACCACGAUCGUCUCGCUGUGGAUCACGUGCAUCCGAAAGCAGAUGCACCUGAUGCGCGAUGUGUUCAAGCUGAGAAAGACUUCUGACUCUGAAGAUAGGCCAGAAAAUCGUCACCGGAGGAUCACAUCGAGCAGUUAACCAUGGACUGGGAGAUGCGAGCAGCGUCGCUGAUUCUCUGCUUGGGAAUUUUACUUGCCACAAUACAAAAUGGAAUUGCCGAGCGUAAAAUUAUUUGUUAUUACACAAAUUGGUCGGUGUACCGACCCGGCACAGCAAAAUUCUCUCCUCAAAACAUAAAUCCGUAUCUUUGCACACAUCUAAUUUAUGCAUUCGGAGGAUUCACAAAAGAGAAUGCAUUGAAACCAUUCGACAAGUAUCAAGAUAUCGAGAAAGGAGGAUACGCGAAGUUUACGGGUCUGAAGACUUACAAUAAGAAUUUGAAGACGAUGCUGGCGAUCGGUGGCUGGAAUGAGGGCUCCAGCAGAUUUUCACCGAUGGUGGCCGAUCCUGCGAGACGGCGAGAGUUUGUCAAGAACGCCGUCAAGUUCCUCAGGCAAAAUCAUUUCGACGGCCUCGAUCUCGACUGGGAAUAUCCGACAUUCAGAGACGGCGGGAAACCACGAGACAAGGACAAUUACGCCAACCUGGUGCAGGAACUUUACGAGGAAUUUGAGCGAGAGUCCUCGAAAACCGGAAGACCGAGGCUGCUGUUAUCAAUGGCGGUGCCUGCUGGUAUCGAGUACAUAGAUAAGGGUUACGACGUACCUAGACUAAACGAGUACUUGGACUUCAUCAAUCUACUCUCGUACGAUUAUCAUUCUGCUUAUGAGCCCGCUGUCAAUCAUCAUUCGCCAUUGUAUCCUCUGGAAGAGGACAACGAGUACAAUUACGACGCCGAGCUGACUAUUGAUUACACGAUCAAUCAUCUCCUGGAGAAGGGUGCGUCCGCGGACAAAAUCAUCCUUGGAAUACCAACAUACGGUCGCUCGUAUACCCUGUUUAACCAGGAGGCGACUGAUCUUGGAUCACCAGCGGACGGUCCGGGUGUCGAAGGAAAGGCUACUCGAGAAAAGGGCUAUCUUGCCUAUUACGAAAUUUGCGAGAAUUUAGCGGAAUCCGACGAAUGGGAGGUCGUUCAGCCGAAUCCCAAAGCCAUGGGACCGUACGCGUUCAAAGGAAAUCAAUGGGUGGGAUACGACGACGAAGAUGUAGUUAAAUUAAAAGCUCGAUACGUGAACGAGAAGAAAUUGGGAGGCAUCAUGUUCUGGUCGAUAGACAAUGACGAUUUCCGCGGCAAGUGCCAUGGUCGACCUUAUCCACUGAUCGAAGCUGCCAAGGAAACUUUACUUAGGGAUAAUAGCAGAAAUAUCGAAAAUACGAAGUCGGUGGACAAUCGGAAAAAGACUCGCACUCAAGGUGUUCAAAGCAACGCUCGUAAGUUUGGUACAAAUAGCCAAAGAAGUAGCACCACGUCGGCUCCGAUCACCAAUAGACGUGUAUCCUCUUCAAGGCCAAAGAACCGUAACAUCUCGAAAUCGAAAACGAGUGUUGAUGAGGAUGAUCGGGAGGUGUCAAGGAGAUCGUACGAUCCCUCAUCGGACAUCGAGGACGCAGAAGGUAGAAACACCGUCAGAGUUACAGAGAAGACCGAACGACCGAAGAAUCGAAACAGAAGCAAAACUCGAAACAGCUCCACUGAUCAUAACUCUCGUAGAAAACAGUCUAGACGCAAAGACCAAAGCAAGACUGACAAGGACGAGGGAUCCCUGAGCAACAAGUUGACGACUCCUGAACCGCCGACUACUCCCGAUCCAGGAUCCGACUUUAAAUGCGAGGACGAAGGCUUCUUCCCGCAUCCUCGAGACUGCAAGAAAUAUUUUUGGUGUCUCGACAGUGGUCCCAGUGGACUUGGCGUGGUUGCGCAUCAGUUUACCUGUCCCUCAGGUUUGGUGUUCAACAAGGCGGCGGACUCUUGCGAUUACCCUCGCAAUGUGAUUUGUCCUAAGACGUCAAAGACAUCAGUCGUCUCGACUACCAGAUCUCCCAUCACAGCUGCAACCAGUCGAACGACUUAUUUGCACAGCACGACGACUGCAAAGGCCGAAGAGCCGGAAGAGUACGAUUCGGAGGAAGAUUACGAGGACGAGGACGAGGACGAGGAACCUGAAGAAGAGGAUGUGAGAGAAGAACCGAAGACCACUACGACGACGAAACCUCUCGUAUAUAAGACACUUACUAGAAAUCGACCCAGCACGACAACAACUACUACAACGACAACCGCACCAAGCGAACCAGAGAGAGAAAUUGGCGGCGAAGACGAGGAGGAAGAUCCGAGGGUGAUCAAGGAACUGAUUGAUCUCAUCAAAAAAGCUGGCGGAAUAGAACAGCUGGAGAAACAAUUACUACUUCAAGAGAAAAAUUCCGACAGUAGAUCGGACAGUGAAAGUGUCACUCCGGCUGCGAUUAGUCGUAGUUUAUACGAGCGAGUGUUGAAUCGCCAGACGAACAGAUUCGGUAACGGUCAACGACCCGUAUUAUCACCCUCGGAAAAUAGUUACGUGAACGGGCCGGGAAGAGCGCAGUUCGAAGGCUUGGACGACAUUCCCGAAGUGAAGAGUCUCAGACGAUCGCAGAAGCCUCAAUAUGUCACUAUCGAGAGACCCAAAUCAUCAGCUACGAAGGAAUCGGAGAACGAAGAGAUUGACGAGAACGAGGAAGAUGAUGACAACACCGACGUAGCUUCUUCCGAGGAGGAAAGUAUCAGCAAUCCGUUAGAAGAAAAGAGUGCCACGCAAAGAGUGACGCCAAAUUACGUGAACAUUCGUCGAACACGACCCUCUACUACGACAUCUAAAAUCGAAAAUGACGUGGAAGAGAAGGAAGCGGAAGUCGAGAAGGAAAAACCGACUCGCAGGCGACGACCCUACAUCUCGAAACAACAGAAUAAUGAAGCAAGUUUUGACACGACGAAAUCUUCUCGAAAUCAAGGCUCAGAUUUCAGGAAUUCAGAGAAGAAAGGCGUGGAUUUAUCAACGACGGAGAGAAACGACGGUUCGCCAACGAUCGAUUCUAGAUAUAGCAACGUACAAAGGUUUAGAGGCACCACUUUGAAACCCUUGGAAAAUCUAUCCAGCCUAUCUUCGUACGAGAUAACGACUUCGCCAACAAAGCUCGAAGAGGACUCAGAAGUACAACCUAGAAGUACAACUAGUACGACUACCACGUCAUCGACGACACCCACGACGACCACCACUUCGACCUCCACCGAAAUCUUCACCGUGAUCAGCCUCGAACCGUCAAAGACUUCAUCCAGUGUCAGCCCUAAAGUCGACAACACCGAUUCCACCCCAGAGGCUGCGAAACUGGUGGAAGAUUCCGUGACGGAAAUCUUGUUCACGACUCUGCCGGCGACCACGUCGUCAACAACGACGACAAGAACGACGAUAGGUCACUCGAGUAGGUCGACCAUCGCCACGGUUUCGCAGCCGCGACCAUUCGGCUUCUCCAGACGAAGAUUUAGCACUUCGGAGGCGACGACGACGACGACGACAAGCGCUCCUCCAUCGAGUAGAUCCAAGGUGAGUAUAGCUUCGCGAAAUUCCACGCGUCCGUCCAGUCCGUUUCUGGGGCGAGUUCGAUCAAGGACCAAAUCGGUCGACCGAAUUGUCGAGGACGAACCCGUGGAGGCCUCCACGUCGAGGAGCAAAGAACCGAGCAGAUCGCGUGGUAGAGGAUCCAGCAGGUACACUCCGCCGACCUCGAGAGUGAGAACCGAAGACGGUUCCACGAAUUUCGUUCCAAAUCCCAGGUAUAGAGAAAGAGGCAGAACGACGACUUCGACGACCAGCAGUCCGAUCAGCAUCGGUGAUACCAAGAGAAAACUUCGGAGACCCAGCAGAGUCAGCACGGAAUCCACGAAAACCAAUGAAUUGGAUGACAGUCCGAUUGUGAAGAUCACGCAGAGUAGAAGAAGAAACACGUCGCUUCGGUCGCGAACUGAGAGCAACGAUGAGGAAAAUGACAAGAUAACGAACAUCAAAGUCUUUAAAAGACCGACUGUUAAUCGUGAGUUGUACGACAGGACGAAGCAGACGAAGAAGAGAAAUAAUGUGCAAGAACCAGUGCAAAAUACGAAUAUUGAGUCUUAUCAGAAGAGUGACAAAUCGGAAAGUGACAAAAAUGACUCGACGAACAUCGUCGAUCAAGAAGUAACUUUAGUUGAUUCUCUCGUUGAAUCCAACACCAUCGAGCCAAUCUAUUUCAACCGCGCGAAAUCGAUUGAAUUGACUGACAUUACGACUCCCUCCAACAACAAGGUCGAUUAUACGAGUAAUCGACCUGAUGACAGCAUCGCCACGACGACUGCUCAUAUCGAGGCUCACGAGUUUAAUCCCAAGUUGGUAAUAAUCGUCACCGAACACGCGGAAAGUACGACGGAAGCACCGAAAAGAAGGAAAGUCAUUCUGAGAAAAAGACCAACAUCAUCGAGCAGUGCUGUCGAUACUGUCGAAAUAGAAGAAGAAGAAAGAUCUGAUGCAGUUCGCAGACAAAAAGUGAUAAAGCGAAAACGUCCACUUCAAGACACUUCGUCAACCGAAGUUUCUCUCGAAGAAGAAGACUCGAGUCUGCUUCCAGAAUCGAUGACUUCGAUAGCAGACAAGGACGUUGAAAAAUCGACGAUCGUUACUGAUCGGACAGAAAUUACUUCGAUAAAUGCUGAAGAAUUGCCGGUUGUUAUAGGAUUUACGAGGAAAAUGCAAGACUCCACUCUACCUGUUACAGAAUCCACCGAUUAUAAUUUCGAUGAUUUCACGAAGAUUAUUUUGGAGACUCUCGCGGCGAAAACCACAACAAUCUCGAACGAAGAAACUACAGAUUCUAUAUCGACGAUCGACGCAUAUGCCGAUGAAGAAUACCCAUCGACGAGAGAAAUGAAUGUUGAAGCAACUACGAUGGAAUCAACUUUGGCGACAGCUACGCAGGAUAAUACUGAAAGCGGAGUGUUUUUGGAAGAAACGUUGCUGCCAGGAUCUAAAAAGUUGUCUACGCAAAUAACCACGUCAGGACUAUUCACGACGGAAUCGAAUUCGCCUUUGAGGUCGAAUUUAGAGGCGAGAUACGCGCGUAAAAAGUUUAUUCGCAAGAAUCCUGCAGCUUCGGGAAUAAAUAGCACGUCUGGUCGAUAUCCUCUCGUGUCAUCGUCAACGGAGAGCAUCAGCCAUGAAAUUCUUUCCAGACGCAGAAAUCAUUUAUUCACUCGACGUCAUCCGAUUUCUUCUACCACCACUAAUAUAUUGCGCGAUGAUCUCCAAAAUCAGGAGGAAAAGAAGGACGCGAAUAACAGAUCGCGCGAUUUGAUCGGACAGGAAGUUGCGGAAGACACGACCCUGAAGAACAAUUCUGCGAACGCUCUUUCGGAUGAUUUCGCGAAAUUCUGGAAAAGUUACACCACGGUUUCGUCGAGCGACCAGACAAGCAAUUCUUCAAGUAUCGAGGAUAUCGAUGAUAUCAAUAAAGAACCGGAAGACGCUACUACAUAUCAAUCUCCGAUUACCACAAGUAAGUCGGAGAUUCGACCGCGCUAUAAGAUUCCUGUAAUCCUGAAGAGGCCUUUCGAUCCCGAAGAGGCUUUAUCGCCCAAACGGUACCAGCCAUUAGACUCCGCACCGGAAGAAUCCGAAGAGACGCCGGAAACCAAAGAAGCCAAGCUGAAGCAAUCCUAUCUCCGGCAGCCGCGAACUCGUUACAAGCUGCAAAAUCGUGACAACGUCAAUAAAAUCAACGAGGAAACAACAACGUCGAGUCCGGAACCCACGAGCACCUGGCAAUAUGUCAGGACUCGUUUGUACUCGAAACGUCCAACGUCGACCAGCACGGAAGCAUCGGUUACAGAAACCCUGAUACCAGCAAAGAAGUUCGAUUACGUCGCCGACGCUCUUCACCGGAAGCAGCAAUCGCUUAAGACGACGACGCCGAGAAGCAACGAUCCCUUCGACUCGCAGAACCUGGUUGACCUGGAUCACAGGACGGCGAAGCCGGUGACCCGGUUGGUGACCUCGGUGACGGAAUCCGGCACCACGGAACGACAGAAGAUCCUCAUCAAGACGAAAUAUUCGUCGCUCACGUCAACCACGAGGAUCCCGGCGGAUCAGUUUUCUCCGUCAUUGGUGACGAAAUUCGAUGACGAAGCUAUCAACGAGAUACGUCAGGGUAUCGAACAUUCUACUCUACCGAUCGAGGGUGAAUUUAAUAGUCAUCGCUACGAUGGUCGAUUCACCACGGAGUCCCAAGAGCCUUCGACCAUCGAGAUCGAGUCGGUUGCCGAUUCGAAAACUAGAUUGCCGACCCUGAAGGAACUGAUUGGUUAUCCGACGACUUACUACGACGAUCGUAUUUCUACGACACCGUCGUCCACAUUUUUCUUGCGUAAUGACGUAGACAACGACAUUAGUCAGCAAAACGUCGAAGAAACGUUCGUUCAAGGAACAAACGAAGAUGAAGAAAGGGAGCAAUCGAUAAGAGACAUAAUCGGAGAGGAAACCGGCGACUCCUGGCUGCGACAAGCUUCGAAAGACAAAGCGAGAUCUCGCACUUUAAACAGAAUGGAUGAGGAACCAAUUUUGGUCACAAACGCUAUUCAGGAAGAGGCUAAAAAGACAUCUUCGACCUUGAUGUAUAUGAAACCGACAACGAUGCGCGGAAUUCCUCUUGACAGUUUGACUUCCAGCCCACGUGGUUUUUACAUCACCAGAAGCGAUGAUUUAUCAUCGUCGACAUUUGCGGGUGACUUUACGUCAUCUUACACGACGAUUGGCAGUUCUGUUGAACGACAGACGGAGACUGAUUUAAUUUCCACGACUGACGAGACAGUCGCUUAUAUUAAUCAGAACGAUAUUGAAACCGACGAAAUUGUCACUGUAACUCGAAACUAUCAGAAGGAGUUAGAACUCGCUAUUUUCAAUAAUGUAAAUGAUAUUAUUAAAAGUAAAGAUGUUGAUAAUCGCGAAGAGAAAUCUUCUACAUUCAAUUCUUUGGAAAAUUCUGACAGUACCGAGAAUCCUUUGAUUUAUAAAGAGCCCGACACGGUUACAAUUCCUGUCAGUAGACCCACAUCUAAAAGAGAAAAAUUGUUACGUAAUUUCAAUCAUAAUACGACACCUUCUUCUAACGUUUACGCCUUUUCGCCGACAAGGUCGACAGGACGAAGAUUCAUUCUCGGCGUGGUCAGACAACCACAUUAUAACGAGGCUAACAUUCCAUUGUGGACAGGUAAACGUAUAGUAGCCAGAAAACGAAAUAGGACUGUUUCGAAGGAAGUUGAGAGACGAAUCGACGAGGACGUUUCUUAUACCACGAUGAAUAUUUUUGAAAAUGCUUCGACACUGACUUUGGCGAAGCCUAAACUCACUCCGAUUUCGACGACACCGACAAUUCCAUCAAUCGUGUCCAAAUCUACGUCUUCUAAAAUUUUAGAUGUUAAUAGCUAUUCAAUUGGAAAUGAAGAAGGAGCGAUCACUUUGAUAAACUCGAUAAUUGCGGCGACUCCUUCAGUCUUCAAAAUCUCUUCAGUAACAAGUGAUCUUACGACUACGAUUAUUUCAACGAUCUCCGACAAUUUUACAAGCGUAACUGAGAUACCUUCGACCGCAAACGAAGCUAUAAUUACAACCACACCAUCAUCGACUGACGCAGUUGUGAAGGCUCCCAUGAUUGCGAACGAUCAAGCCACAAUCGCGAUUGAAUUUGCGAUUAAAAGCGCUGGAAUUGAAUUUCCAGUUUCCACGACUGCAAAUUAUUCUACAGAUGACGUUCCAACAACCGCGAGCACGCACGCAAUCGCAAAUGAUUCUGUAAUUAUACCCGUGACUACGAGUAUCGGCGUCGAAAUCACCUCCCCAAAUGCAAAUCACUCGACUGAUUUUGCAAAUAUGGUUGUACCCGCAACUGCGAGCGCUGAAGUUCAAAUUACUUCGCCAAUUACAAAUUAUUCCGUAACCAUGCCGACAAAUACAAACGCAAUUCCAACCGAUUCUGCACCUGUAAUUACAAUUAGCGCAGGAAACAACAUUAUUUCAACAGAUUCCGUAGUCGCAAUUGAUUCUACAAUAACUAUGUCCGCAGCUACAAGUACCGAAGUUGAAACUUCUACGAUUACAAAUAAUCCUUUACUCGUUAUUCCAGCAACUACGAUUCCUUCUACUAAUACUUCAUCAUCGACAAUUAUUUCUUCUACGCAUGCGACUAUUUCUGCGACAACGAGCAAUCUCUUAGAUACUGUAACUGUAAGAAAUAUGCUAACUACAAUUACAACACCUGCAGCUGUUAUUCUUCCGACGAUUAAUGACUCUAAUGUAAUUACGUCUGCAUAUGUAAACGGUUCUUCUAAUUUCGCGAUUACUGACACUUUGACAACUUUGAAUCAACCUAGAAGUAGUUCCGUAAUUUCGUCCAAAGAUUUCGUUACAUCUACAAGGUCAACUGUGCCUACAACUUUAAUCGAAUCUACCACGACACAUUUCAAUUCGAGUGAUUUUAAUAUUAGCGAUAAUUCCAAAGUAUCCGUCACAACUGCAAAGUCUAUCCAAACUACCGAAAUUCCCACGACAUUCGAAACUUCACCAAUAUUCACUUCGACUGUCAUUUCGAGAUCUCUUCCUAGUACAAAUUCCGCGAUAUCCUCCCAAAUGAGACCAAUAAUUACGCAAACUCCUUCGACUCUUUUUUCAAUCGUAACAUCGAUUAAUGAUAAUACAGCGACUGUAGAAAAAUCGACUAACGAUGAAUCGAUCGCGAUGAGCAUAAGUCAAACCACGGACAUUUAUGAACCGAGUUCCGUGCAAACGACGAGUGAAAAGUCUACGACUUCAAGAAGGAAGGUAAUUUUCAAGGAAGGCGCUUCAAGAGCUAUAAAUCGGAAACAAGAUCAGGCUUUGAAAGUCGAUGAUCAAAUCAAUCAAAAAACCUCGAGACAUCGCGUUGUAAAUCGGAAGAAUAAUUGGCUCGGAAGACCUGUAGUGCAUCAAACAAUCAAUCGUAAUCCUCUGCAUCGAGUUACGCUGCAUCGCGGAGAACCACGAAGACCUCCUGGUUUUACUUCGAGGGUGGUUGAGCAGAAUCACAGAAGAAGAAUCACGCAGAAGAGGACGAGAGUUAAUUUUCAACCGAUUGACACCACCAUCAGACCUGAGGAUGUUGUUCAGAAUUCUACUGAGGCUCAUAAUCGAGGGAGAAGUGUACGAAGAAGAAUUGUAUCGAAGAGAAUCAGGGAAAAAGUUGAAAAGGAGACCACUACUUUAGAAGCGAUGCCAUUACUUUCUCAAUCUACUGAGAACGAAACGCUUCAUCGAAACUUUAAAGAAGCAAGAGCAGAUCCUGACUUUGUUGACACAACUUUUCAAGGCAAUUUUUCGAUAAAUUUUUAUGUCAAUAGGAAUUUUUCCAACAAAGAAAAAAAAGCAAGAAGAAUGAGAGUUUUACUGAAGAGUAUCCGGCCUAAAUCCGAGGAAAAUAAUUCCACGACUGAGAAAAUAAGUACAGAUAUUAUCGAAGGAAAUAUUCAAAAUAAUAUUUCGACUAAUCUUACAACCAGCACGAGUAAAAAUCUUGCUGACGAAAGAAAAACAAAAAGAAGAAUGAGAAUUGUUAGAAAGAAAAUUAGACCUAAAUUCGAGGAGGAAGAAGCAAAGACCGAAAAAACCAAUACAGAUUCUGAUUCUACAGAUGAAAGUCUUCGAGGCGCAUUUUCAAAUAAUUUUAGAAGAGGUAAAAAUUUUCCCGGUGAUUAUAAACCGAGAAGAAGGCUGAGAGUUGUAUUGAAGAGUAUCAAACCUAAAUCCGAGGAAGGGAACUCAACAACUAAAGGGACGAGUAAUGUAAAUCUUUUCGACGAAGAGGAGACAAGAAAAAGUCAAUUUGCGUCCGAAGAAAAAGACUCGGUAGCUGAAGAAACAAUUGCACAUUCUGACUUUACCGAUAAAGUUUUUUCAAGUAAUCUUCACGUAGAUGAUAAACUUCCUGAUCGAGAAAAAAUGAUGGAAGACACCGAGAAACCGCAAACCACGGAGACUUUCGUUCUGGUCAAGGAGGACACUGAUCAGCCCUCGCUCGAGGUAAAUUCCUUAAGGAACGGUGGAUCCAUCGGUCGUACAACAGGAUACUCUACUAGAUACAGAAAACCGACACAGUCGACGACGAAUGUCCCAUUAAUCAACACCUUUCCAAGCACAGUGGCCAUUUAUCGAAAGGGUAGACCAAUCGAGACCACCUUCUCAUCCAGAAUAGAUCUCAUCGACGCGUACGAGAAUUCCGGAUCGACCGCCAUCCAGAAUGAUCAAAAGGCGGAGGUGUCCGAUCAAAGCAUCCGCGCCCAAGAAUUUGCGGUGACUUUAACGAACCCGCCAUUAUCAUCGUCGGACACUGGUCGAACGCUGUUAAGGGACGCCGCAAGGCGCAAGAUAAGCACCACCGUAGCACCUAGAACAGAUCCGGCGAUCGACAGGACGGUGAUCUCGAGGCCGAGAUUCGACGAUGACUCCAGGAACCGUCAGAGACCGAAGACGAAAAAUGCGCCCAUCGUGAAUUCUACCACGAGACCCAGAAGACCGCCGGUGCUCGACUACGAUUAUUACGAGGACGAGACGCCAAUCGUCAUCGGCAAGCCUGUUCUCAAUAGCAAGCUCUUCCUCACGAGUAAGGGUACCAUACGUUGCCUGGACCAGGGAAACUUUCCCCAUCCGUACUCGUGUAAGAAGUUCAUCACUUGCGCCCGUAUGGUGAACGGCCAGGUCAUCGGCACCGAAUACACCUGUCCAGAUAGGCUGACCUUCGAUCCGAUCGGAGGAAUCUGCAACUGGUCCGCUGGACUUGGUUGCAAGGUCUGAAGAUCGAAGCUUAGCUUUUCAUUCACUCGACAGUCCGACAUCAAAGUUAUCUCAAACUUGGUUGCAAAAAAUAGAUCAUUUUGCAAAAUUAAACUUGAAUUCUUUUAAUCGUAUCUUUCUUAUCUGGAUAGCAUUUCGAGAACGCAUAAUCAUUUUUGUAUUUACGCCAUUAUACAGCGCUUUUAUACAGUGAAAAUUAUUUUUGAAUAUAUUUUAAACAGAUGUAUUUCUUUAAUUAAUUUUUCUAUCAUUUAUGAGAGAAAAAGAUCGCUGAGAUGAUGUAAUGACUGUCGAGUGGUUCCAAUUUAUCAAUUGCACACUUUUUUAAUACGGAAGACAGACAUUUUCAGACAGUAAAAAGAUAAAUUUCUUGGAUUAAAAUUAAGAGCGAUUAAGAGAAGAGAAUGUUGCUAAUUUUACAAAAUAAAUUUAUGUAAAUUUUAUUUUG